UAUCAGGGAGAAUCAUCAGAGGAAUGGUUUGAGAAAAAAGCGUUUUUCUAACCUCAACAAUCCGAAUUCAAAUAAGCAGAUACAAGAUAUCUGGGUUGUGGCAAUUAAAAUGAGUGAAAAUAUUCACGGAACAUUUAUUUCGGAAAAAGUAUCAAAGAUCAGAUGGAAACCCGAGGAUUUUGUUGAAGCAAAAUCGUUUUUAACUGGAAGCUGGGAUAAUCCGGUGAACAACAUAACAUAUUGGACAUUCGACACAAACGAAGAAGACAACGAGUCUUAUCCAGUGAUAAUAUCAUCCCAUGCAUUUCUCGGCGAUGUUACAGAAUUAAGGUUCAUCACUAAGGAUCUGUUCGUGGCAUCAUCUUCUAUUGGUACAGUACAAUUGAUACAAAUUCAAGAGAAUCCUUAUGCACAAUUCAAGGAACGGUUGUCAUGGAAUUUUUUACACAAAUUUCCAACAACAGAUUACGCUUCAUGUACAGCCAUCUCAACUUUCGAGCAGGAUAUAGUCACAGUUGGAGAGGAUGGUACGAUCAACUUGUUAACAGCCAAUCAAAAAAUUCCAGUCAGAACAAUUGAAAAUUCAGAUAGCUGUUCCCUGCACUGUGUUGAUUUUCUGAGGCACAGUGAAGUUUUGACAGGAAAUUUAGUGGGGCACAUGAAAGUAUGGGAUUUAAGAAAUAAUCAAGAUGUUCCCUCUACGACUUUCAUGCUCUCUGCACAUACCAAGACCGAAGCCACGAGUUUAGCACAUCAUCCUACACAGAGGCACAUUGUAGUCGCUGGUGGUGGUGACGGUAGCCUGACAGUAUGGGAUUUGAGGCAUAACACAUAUCCGAUUUCUCAAUUAAAUGCCCAUUCCAGCUCGGUCAACGAAAUAACAUUUCAUCCAGACAGACCGGAAAAUUUGUUUUCAUGUUCGUCAAGUGGACAGCUAUGGCACUGGAACAAUGCUCAGAACACCAAAUUGAAAUUAGAUUCGGGGGACACGCAUUGGCUCAAUACAAUCAGUACAAAAGGAAAAGUGAAUGUAACGUCACUGUGUGCAACGCUCCACAAGCCAAUAAAUACAAUCGAUGUUGACAGAUCCACAUUACUCUUUGGGUGCGACAACGAAGCUAUGUAUGUCAUCAAAAAUAUCACAGUGUAAAUAACUGUGCAUUUAUGGUAUACUUGUACAAUAUUGUAUCUUAUUUCAUAAUAACUGUGAUUUAACGCUCCCCUCUGUAUUUGUAAUAAAAUAAAUACCAGUUU